GUUGACUUGGCUGACACCAAAGUAUUUCAUCAGAAAAUCAUAAAAUAAAUGUGUUUCUUUCUGUUUCAAGUUUUAUUGAAUAUAAAAAUAAAGUAAAAAAAAUUGAGUUUUCAAAUUCAAUCGUUUUGUGAUUUAAUUUUAAUUUAAUAAAAGUUUUAAAGUAAUUAUAGUGCCGCAAAUCUUUGAUUUAUUUUGUUCACUAAUCAAAAAAAUUACAUAAGAAUUUUAUAAAAUUUACUGAUAAGUAAAAGAAAAAGCAAAAAAGAAAAAAGAAAGGACUUGUUGUUUUUUAUAGAAAAAAAUAUUUGAUUUAAAAAUUCAAGCAAAUAAAGCGAAAAAUUAAAUAAAAAUUUUAAAAUGUUUAAAACUAGAACUACAUGUCAAACGAAUUUUAGAAUUAAAUUAAAUAAAAGUUGGAAUAAUAUUUCCCUAAAAUUUGUUUUUGCAGCAAAUAAAGAAUUCAUUUGAUUCAAUAAAAAUUUUAUAGUGUUAAAUUUUAUAGAAUAAAUUUUAAAGAGAUAUAAUGAAAAAAUUCAAUGAGUAUUUUUAGUAAAUUGUAGUCCUAGACCAGAAAAAGAAAAAAUCCCUAGCAUUUUAUAAAAGUAAAACAUAAAAACCAAAAAACGAAAUAUUAAAUGAAAACGAGUUGAACACAGACACUUCCAUAAAAUAUUUCUGCAUUGUGUUCAAUUAUACAAAAAAAAAAAAUUAUUUUAGAACAAAGGUUAAAAGUAUAAAAUAAAAACAAAAAACCAAAAAAACAAUUCGCAACAAUUUUUACAAGACCUCUAUUAAAGGCACAAUAAAACUAGUUUCAAAAAAAUACUUAUAUCAAGCAAAAAAAAAAAUUAAAUGGCAUCAUCAAUGAAUCAUAAAGUUAAUUCCAAUGGAUCAAAAGCUAAUGUUGUUACCGCCGCUGCUGCUACAGUAGUUGCAACAACAACAGCAGCAACAUCAACUACAUCUACAACUACACCUAUUCAAACAUCAAGUACAGGUACUGGAAUAUCAUCGUCAUCAUCACCACCGUCAUCAUCUCCGUCAGCUGUUGCUGGUUCAACAAAAAAUAAUGGCAAUAAAAAUAAAAAGUUUAAUGUUUUAGCACAUGUUAAAUAUGAGCAUUUAAUUGCUGGCAUUUCGGGUGGUGUUGCCUCAACAUUAAUUUUACAUCCAUUAGAUUUAAUAAAAAUACGUUUUGCUGUAAAUGAUGGCAGAACAACUACAAUUCCACAAUAUCGAGGCUUAGGAAGCGCAUUUACAACGAUUUUUCGUCAGGAAGGCUUAAAAGGGUUGUAUAAAGGUGUAACACCGAAUGUUUGGGGUUCUGGAAGUGCGUGGGGAUUUUAUUUUAUGUUUUAUAACACAAUAAAAACAUGGAUUCAGGGUGGCAAUGCAACUACUCCACUUGGACCAGCAUUGCAUAUGUUAGCUGCAUCACAAGCUGGUGUCCUAACUCUAAUGAUGACAAAUCCAAUUUGGGUUGUGAAAACACGAUUAUGUUUACAAUAUGAGAGUGAGAGUAAUAUGGCUGCUUCAAUGCGAUAUAGAGGAAUGAUUGAUGCUUUAAAAAAAAUUUAUAAGCAAGAAGGUGUCAGAGGAUUGUAUAGAGGUUUUGUACCUGGAAUGUUUGGUGUUUCGCAUGGUGCGCUACAAUUUAUGACAUAUGAAGAAAUGAAAAAUUACUAUAAUAAUUAUAGAAAAUUGCCAAUUGAUACUAAGUUGGCAACUUCAGAGUAUUUAAUUUUCGCAGCAAUUUCAAAAUUAAUUGCAGCAGCAGCAACUUAUCCUUAUCAAGUAAUACGUGCGCGUUUGCAAGAUCACCAUCAUAAUUAUAAAGGAACUUGGGAUUGCAUUAAGCAAACUUGGAGAUAUGAAGGCGGACGUGGAUUUUAUAAAGGACUUAAACCAAAUUUAACUCGUGUUGUUCCUGCAUGUAUGAUCACUUUUGCUACGUAUGAAAAUGUUUCCGCAUAUCUAUUUAAGAAGUAAUAAACAUGUAUACUUGCUGUAAUAUAGAAAGAUCACAUUAGUUAAGAGAAUACGAUCAAAUUCAAUCAAAGAACAAUAAUCUUUUUUUUUAAACGUGAUGAAUACAAAGAGACAUUCUCUAGUCCGGAGUUCUGGUUCCUAGAAAUUGAUGCACUAUAACUUUAAAAUCGUAAUUUAAGUGUUUAUUUUUUUCUUUAACUUGAUUUUAAAUUAGAUUAAUAUUAAUUUUAAAUAGAUAAUUAUUUCUAAUUUUUUUAUAUAUUGAUUAUAAAUCACGUAUUUCAUAAAACUUAAGUAAAUAAUAUAGAAUUAAAAUCACAAAGAAAUGUAUUAAAUUGUUUGUCCAAAGAAUAUUUUUAAAAUAUUAGGCUACAAUAAUUUUAAUUGAAAUAUGUACAUACAUAAUACAUAGAUGUAUGAAGAUUUUGAUAUGG